ACCAAGAGUGCGGGUGGAUGAGCGUGGCGAACGCAAAGGUAAACCGAAAGAAACGGGUGUCAAAAAGACUGGUGUUUUGUGUGUUUUAAACGUUUUAACGGGUACACAGUGCCACGUAAUCAUGUGCCGCGAGUGAGUGGGUGUCAAAAUUUGAGGAAGUGACUUCUUCCCUUUUUAAUUAUAUCAGUUUUUUCGGAUUUCCAGCAAAAGUCCGGCCGGAGAAAUGCGGACGCUCUACGUUGUCACAGUUCUCUCAGCCAUCCUGGUAUCGACACACCAAAUACCUCAGGAAGCGAACCACCUGAGGUUUCAAGAACCAGCUAGAGAGGCUUACUUCAAUGGUUCAGGAUACUUAAAACUCAGUUCCUUCGUCUCGGUUCACAGGCACAGUGGCCUUAGUUUUCGAACUUGUGAACCUGGUAGACUUUUCAAACAAUGGAUUGAAGGUGAUUGGAUAAGUCUCGAAGUCAACCCGGAUGGCCUUCUUUUUGUCGCUAUCAUCAAUCAACAACGCUACGAUGCAAGAUUAAACGCCAGGUUAUUAGAUAACGUCUGGCAUAAUGUCAAUCUCUUCUUCAAACUUGGAAAUCUCACUCUCAGUGCUGCAGGUCAUAAACAGAUAAUUGCGAAUGCUACCUACAACUCUGCCAUUCUCACACUUCCGGAUUACAGCGUGAACAGUACGCUGAUUGUUGGUGAAAAUUUUCGAGGUUGCAUCCUUCAAGGACCCGCGAUCCUCUUUAAUGAUACCGUCAAUAAGGGAGCCCUCUUCGGGUCCUGUCCUGACGAUUCUAAAGGAUGUGGCUCCAGCAACAAAGGCGACGAUGUUUUCACCCCAACUACUACUAUGGACAACUGCCAUAAUGAGCCUUGCAUGAGGCACGGAAAAUGCGUGUCGAGGCAGAACCGUUACGAGUGCCACUGUUACGCCCGAUAUUCCGGCAACAACUGCCAAAUUGACAAUGGUUCACCAUGUUUGAAAAAUCCUUGUAACAACGGAGGAGCCUGCGCCGAGGAUAAAAGGGGCGAUUACAGCUGUAACUGUUUACCCGGAUAUACCGGGACACACUGCGAAUCGAAACUUGGUGAAAGAUUGUGCAAAGACAAUCCUUGUCGGAAUGAUGCCAUCUGCGUAGAAUCAAACAACGAUUACAGGUGUCAGUGUAAUGCGGGAUGGACUGGAAAAAAUUGUGAUUUGAACAUCAACGAAUGUCUUUCCAAUCCCUGUUUAAAUGGUGGAGCCUGCGUCGAUGGAGUUAAUAAUUACACUUGCAAGUGCGACAAAACUGGAUACCGAGGGCCUCACUGCGAGAUAAACAUCGACGAAUGCGAGAACAAUCCUUGCUUGAACAACGGGAAGUGCUACGACUUUUAUGGGGGUUACACCUGCGAGUGUCCCACAGGAUUUGACGGUCAAAACUGCGAGCAAAAUUUAAACGAAUGUCUCUCAAGUCCUUGCCUCAACGGAGGUUCCUGUGUCGACGAUGUUGGAAGUUAUCAUUGCAAUUGUCUCAACGGAUUUUCCGGUCGACAUUGCGAACAUCCCUUGUCUGCCCAAGCCCGUUCCAGUUGCGACAGUAUAGAAUGUUCACAGGACAGUAUUUGCGUGAAGGAUGAUCACGGAUUGCAGUGCGUUUGUAAGCCCGGAUUUGUGGGAAAUCCUCCGAACUGCACGCUCAAUUACUGCACCAGCAACCCUUGCGAUAAUGGAGGUACCUGCAACAACGGCAAAGACGGAUUCAAUUGCUCCUGCCCUCCAGGAUAUAAAGGACCCACUUGUUUUACUCCUGCCUCGGAAUGGUGUCCCUAUUGCUUCAACGGAGGUACCUGUGUCGAAAGCGUUUACGGUAUAAAAUGCCAAUGCACCAGAUUUUGGACAGGAACCCAGUGCAAAGAACCAAUCACUUGUCGCGAUAUGCCUUGCAAACAAGCGACAAUGUGUCGUGAUUAUUCUGGUGGUUAUUAUUGCAACUGCGAACCUGGCUGGACAGGAGCGGACUGUGGAAUCGACAUCGACGAAUGCGACAGUGAUCCUUGCCGCAACGGAGGAAUUUGCAUCGACCAGUCCAAUAAUUUUUAUUGUCAAUGUCUCCCCGGCUACACUGGUAAAACUUGUCAAAUCAACAUUGAUGAUUGUCAUUCUCAACCUUGUCUGAAUGGAGGAUCCUGUACCGACAAGGUUCACGGCUAUUCUUGCAAUUGUACUCGUGAUUUUAUGGGAGACAAUUGCGAGGAAGAAUUUGAUGCCUGUGCAAUAAAUCCUUGCACAAAUAAUGGAACUUGUGUUUUAAUGCCGAGAUCGAGGCGCGAUUUUGUGUGCAAAUGUCCUAAAGGAUUCGAGGGAAAGACUUGUGAGAUCAAUACUGAUGACUGUGUCGAUGCUGAUUGUCCAGAUGAGAGGAUCUGCUUUGACAUAGUAGCUGGCUACGAGUGCAGGUGUAGGGAAGGUUAUACUGGUCCCAAUUGCACUGAGUUAAUUGACCCCUGCUUCAUGAAACCUUGCAACAAUGGUACCUGCAUUGAUAAGAGAGAUAAGACAUUCAAAUGCGAGUGCAACCAGGGUUAUACAGGUCAAUAUUGUGACCAAGACAUAGAUGAAUGCGCCCUGAAGGGCAACGCUCUCUGCAAUAGUGGAAUUUGCGUCAACAAAGUAGGGAGUUAUGAUUGUUACUGCAAACCAGGAUUCUCCGGUGACCAUUGUGACAUCGACAUCGACGAAUGUUUAUGCGGACCCUGCAAAAACAAUGCAACCUGCAUCGACAAGAUCAAUACCUUCGAAUGCAAUUGUCCCCCAGGCUAUGCUGGGAAGACCUGUGAAAUUGACAUCAACGAAUGCGAAAGCAACCCCUGUUUAAAUGGCGCCUCCUGUAUAGAUGGAAUCGCCACUUACAGCUGUGUUUGUUCCCUCGGAUUCACCGGCUAUAAUUGCGAAACCAACAUCGACGACUGUGAACCUCAGCCUUGUUUGAAUCACGGAAAAUGCGUCGAUGGUCUCAACAACUACGUUUGCGAUUGUUCUGACACUGGCUUUGAUGGUGAACAUUGUGAGCACAAUAUCGACGACUGUGUUUCAAAUCCCUGCGAACAUGGCGCCUCUUGUGUUGAUGAUAUUAAGACCUACAAAUGCCAGUGCUACCAAGGAUAUGCAGGAAACCACUGCGAGAUUGAUAUUAAUGAAUGUGAAAGCUCGCCUUGUCAAUUUAAUGGAACUUGCUUGGAGAGAUCGAAUCAGACGCUCUACAAGAGUGACGCGGUUAAUAAGCCGGCGAUAUUCACCCAGGAGUUUAGUUACGCUAAUGCUAGUGGAUACGAGUGUCUCUGCGUGCAAGGUGUGACAGGAAAGAACUGCGAAGUGAAUAUAAACGAGUGCGAGAGUAGUCCCUGUCAGGAGGGAACCUGUAUGGAUCGAAUCGGCGGCUACACCUGCGAAUGUAACGAGGGUUUCGAGGGAGAUCAUUGCCAACACGAUAUUGAUGAGUGCAAGCGUUACACCCCCUGCGAACAUGGAACUUGUAGGGAUGGCCGAGCUGAUUACUUCUGCAGCUGUGAAAUUGAAUACGGCGGUAAAAACUGCUCGGUGGCUCUCACUGGCUGCCAUGGUAACGCUUGUCAAAAUGGAGGAACCUGCUGGCCCUACCUUGUGGACGAAACCGAACACAGAUUCAACUGCACUUGUCCGAAUGGAUACCAUGGAGAAAUUUGCGACAAGAUAACGAAGAUGUCUCUGAGCGGAAAUUCUUACGUGAUGGUGAACACAACUCGCGAUGAAGGCUACGACAUCCAAUUCCGAUUCCGAACAACUUUGCCCAAUGGCCUCCUCGCAAUGGGAAAAGGAUCAACCUUUUAUAUGUUGGAACUCGUAAAUGGAAAGUUGAAUCUACAUUCGAGUCUUUUGAACAAAUGGGAGGGAGUUUUCAUCGGAAGUGGUUUGAACGACUCUACCUGGCAGAAGGUAUUCGUGGCCAUUAAUGCAACACAUUUGGUACUUUCUGCGAAUGAGGAACAGACGAUCUAUCCUAUUAAUUUGAACGAGGGUUCUAAUGCGACCCAUACUUCGUUUCCAACGACCUUCGUUGGUGGAACUAUCGCCAACCUUCGAAAACUCGCUCACGGUCCUCCUUCGUUCAUUGGAUGCACUGAGGAUGUCGUCAUCAAUGGUGAAUGGGUUUAUUCAGGCACUGAAUCGAAAACAGUUCUGAUGGAAGAUGUCGAAUCUGGAUGUCCAAGAACAGCUCAAUGUAAUCCAAAUCCAUGCAAGAAUGGAGGACACUGUACCGAUAGAUGGCGCGAUUUCUCCUGCAAAUGUGAAAGACCUUACCUUGGUCACACUUGUCAAUACAACAUGACAGCUGCCACUUUUGGUUACGAAAACAUCACCGAUGGUUACGUGUCAGUGAAAGUUUCUGACGCAGCGAGAAGAGCUGUGAGGUCCAUCAUCGAGAUCUCAAUGUUCAUUCGCACCAGGCAAGCAAGAGGAGACAUUUUCUACUUAGGUUCAGAGCAAAAUGCACCAUUCGAUUUAAAAAAUCAAGAUAAAACUUACAUCGCUGCGCAACUUAAGGACGGGGAAUUACUUGUCAGAAUCCACUUCAAUGGAACGGAAGCUUACACAGUUGGAAGCGUAAAAUUGCACGACGGCAACAAUCAUUUGAUCCAAGUUAUCAGGAACCUCACUCUAGUGCAGGUGAAAAUCAACGGCACUGAAUAUUUCCGGAAGACGAUAAACGCUAGUGGACCGCUGAAUGUAACAGUUUUAUAUCUCGGAGGCUCUCCUCAAUCUUCUCGAUAUAUUCGACAAGUCGAGAGUCGUUUAAUGGAAGUUCCACAGGAGCCUCAAGUUAAUUUCAAAGGAAUUAUUCAAGACGUUCAGAUAUCGAACGGACUUGAUACAAUGGUUGUGGAGUUUUUCCCACUCAAAGCCAAGGAUAUUCCACCUCCGAUCUCAUUUGGCAACAUCACGUUUGAACCUGAUAAAGUGUUGAAGGGUGUAAAAUCAGACAAUGUUUGUGUGAGCAACCCUUGUUUUCACGAUGGCGAAUGCCACGUCACUUGGAAUGAUUUCUGGUGCAAGUGUCCUCGAGGCUACACGGGAAAAACUUGUCAGGAGAUGGAAUUCUGUCAGCUUCAAGAUUGUCCGAUAGGAUCGAAGUGUCAGAAUUUGGAUGAUGGAUAUGAAUGUCUUGCCAAUGCGACAUUCGAUGGUGUCAGUACGUCUUUCAGCUACAUUUAUAAUCCUCUGGAAGCUAUUAACGAGACGGAAUCAGCGAUAGAGACGAUAAAAAUGACGUACAGAUCGAAUACCGGGGGUACUUUGAUGCACAUGGCUUCACAAUCAGGAGAUCAGUAUUUCACGAUUUCAGUUUUCCACGAUAUGGUUACUGUUUCAUGGAAGCUAGAUUUAGAAAAUACGGGCGUUCUCACCUUUGGGAAGCCGGCGCCGGACGGAAAUUGGACUUCAAUUGAAUUGAAGCUGAGCAAUAAUUCUAUGGAGUGUGCAUAUAGUAAUAUGAAUGAAGAGCCACACUCGAGUCCAAAUUUCAGCUAUACGCAGUGGUAUGAUCUACUUGUUAGUGGUAUUGUUACCCUCGGCGGUCUUGGCGGAAGUUUGUCUGCGAGGCAUAGUUAUGUGACGAUUGGAACGGAAAGGCGUUUCGAAACUAGAGAAGGCUUGGAUGGAAACUCUGUUGAUUUUGGGGAUCAACGAUUGACGACUGCAUUACCACCUCAUAGUAUGAUGUCUGGAGAAGCAUUCAAAGGAUGCUUAGGCGAAGUGAGAAUUGGAAAGAUGUUGUUACACUUUUUCACCCUAGAAGAAGUCUACCAAAACGCUAAUUUUACGCCCAAGGAAUUUUUAUCCCUCCAACGAGACAACAUGACAACAUCAACGAGUCAAGAAAACAUUGGUUGUCGUCUCUGUUUUGAGAAUGACUGCAAAAACUCCGGACAUUGCAAGGACAAUUUAAACAGUUAUAUUUGCGAGUGUCCUGCUGGAUAUGCGGAAGAUGACUGCUCAGUUGAUAUUGACGAAUGUGUCGACAAUAAAUGUCAGAACAAUGCAACUUGUGUCGAUGGAAUAGCAAAUUAUACCUGCGUUUGCAAAAGUGGCUGGCAGGGUUGGGUGUGCGAGGAAGACAUCAACGAAUGUGAAGCGAUUAAUCCUUGUCAGCACGACGGAGUCUGCGAAAAUCUUCCAGGAUCUUUUCACUGCAAAUGUCACGAUCGAUUCAUCGGAGAAUUUUGUGAACAACUAAAAUUGAUCACAUGUAAAAAUGAACCUUGCAAAAAUGGAUCUACAUGUUUGGAUGUCGUUAAUCCGAAGACCGGAGAUAAUUUUACCUGUAAUUGCAUGCCAGGAUACGAGGGUACACAUUGUGCAACUCCUUACUGUGUCGCUCAAAAGUGCCAGAACAAUGGAAAGUGUACCACUCUUCCUCAGCCUCCAACAUGCACUUGUCCCGACGGUUACACCGGACGUUUUUGCGAAAUCAAUAUCGACGAUUGUGCUCCCGACGAACAAGGCAACGUUCCAUGUAAAAACGACGGUAGAUGCUACGACCAAGUGAAUGGUUUUGAAUGCGACUGUUCAGGAACUGGAUAUACUGGCCCCGAUUGUUCCGAAGAUAAAAACGAGUGCUUGGAUCCAAACACAGACUGUGGAAAUGGUUUUUGCGAAAAUCUAAACGGGACAUAUCGCUGCAUUUGUAACGAUGGAUACUGUGGUUACAAUUGCACAAUCGAAAAUCCGUGUAGAGAUGACUUUUGCCAGAAUGGAGGAACUUGUCAAUGCGUUGACGAUGGAAUCUACUCUUGCAGUUGCACUCCAAACUACUCUGGUCAAAACUGUACAGAGUACCACUCGGAACAUCUUCUAGGUAGUCAGGCUCUGGACAUCGCCGUGAUAGUCGGACCUAUAGUAGCUUGUCUAUUCCUCAUUGCCGCAGGAUCAAUGAUAGCUCUCUUUAUGAUGGCUCGAAAAAAACGAGCUACACGUGGAACUUACAGCCCCAGUGCUCAAGAAUUCAGCAAUCCAAGAGUUGAGAUGGACAACGUAAUGAAACCUCCGCCAGAGGAAAGAUUAAUCUAAAAGAAAGACAAAAAAAGGAGCGACAGAGUUCGUUGCUAUCGUAUCCUAGUCCCUCGAGUAAUUUUGUUACUCUCCUUACAAUUGGAAUGACAAAUUAGAAAAUUAAAUUUGCCUCGGCACGAGAGAUUCUGAUCCAUGAUCACUGAUCAAGCAUCACAUUGCAGAGUCUCUCUCGCUUUUCUAGUCCUCGUCCCAUGACUGUACGUAGCGAAAAGAAAACUUAUUCAUCGCUAUUCAAUAGUGAUCCAGAAGUUUUCAAUUUUCCAUGAAACGAUACUGGAUGAGAUUUUCAGAAGGCUCUUACUAAAAUAAAUCUCAAGUUAACUGUUCGAGCUUUAAUGAAAGUAUUUUCCGGGGACAGAAAGACUCGUACUAACGAAUUACGUUUGGUUUUCGUAUCGAAAACUGUUUAAAGUGUACUUAAUACUUUGCAAGUGUUCUUAUCUUAGAUUGAAGCUCCAGAGCCGAAACAAACCCGUCCAUUUAGUGCCUAACGUACUCAACUGAUAAAAUACUAGUUGUAGGCAAAGGAAACUUAAUGCAAUAACUCUACAUUCCGAACUAUCACAUAUCUUAAGACAAGAUCUCCAAAGCAUAAUUGUGACGUGACGAUUAAUAACUGUUAAUUCGCCACGAAGAAGCUAUAAAUACGAUUGUAUGUGUCUAAAAAUGUGAACGACGCGUGAUGAUUAGACACCUAAUUUAUACAGAUGUGCCAAGUGUUACCUGAAAUUUCUCUUAUUUAAGCUUCAAUUCCGAUGCUUUGGAUCUUCAAGAAUGUUUCCUUUUAGGAAGAGGCGCACUCUGGACAAUUCAAUUUUAUCACAAGAAAUUUCUACGCGUCGUUCAACCUGUUAAUUUUGUAUAUAUUGUAGACGAUAAGUUAUGAAGAUUAAUUAUUAACGAUUUUAUCGAAUAAGAUUUUUUAUGAAAAUAGUAUUUAACGAUAAAUGUAUUAUUUGAUAUAUUGAAUAUUUACCGUUGCGACCAAAGUAUUUCGAUCGUGGUAAUACAUACAAAUGCCUGAGCGAAUCUCGACUUUUGAAAAUUCGCGGACGAAGGAAUUCAUUUCCGAAAUUUGAAAAAACCUUUAUUACAGAUUGUUAGAUUUUUACAUGUUUAUGUAACUCUUAGAAAUUCCAUCAUUUUUAAAUCCUAGUUUUAUUUCAUAUAUUUUACAAGCGGAUUUAUUAUUUAAAUAUAUGUUGUGAAAUAAAUCUGUAUCUCUGUUUCAAUUCGCGUGUCCGAGACACGUUUGUUUGUAAAUCUGCGAUUUCGCAAGACUGAGAUGUGGAUGCGUGGUUACUUCUAAAGCACUGUGUGCUCUUGAAUUAUACAAUUACUCAAUUUUGAGAUUGUUAAUCCACGAUAAAUAAUUAAAAAUGUACAAUAAUGUCUCUAGAAAAAAAUCGUAACGCUGGAGCGUAUGAGCAGAAAUAUUUUAAUGUUCAAACUUCGUUGUUAUAUACCCGAUUCUUAACUAUAGUGUCAAGUAAUACGCAAUUCGAUUCACUA